AUGGAUGAAGAUAGAUUAAAGAAGGCGGCUGGCCUUCUUAAAGAGACAUCUGAUAUGUUGCUGACUGUGAAAACAUCAACAUCUACUAGUUCUGGAACGGAUUCAAGUGAUUCGAGUACAAUGAGACUGGCAAUAACAACGCCGAUCGCCGAAACCCCUGCAAGGGCAAGAUCAAUGAUGAACACAAGCUCCAGUCGCGGUCUGUACAGAAGACUCAACAGAAAUGAGAGGCUGAGAGCGACAGCAGAGUCAGCGACGAAAAACAAGACGGCGAAAAAGACCAAGAAAAUCGAGAAAAGGCCAUUUGAAUUUGCUCUUCCUAGGGCAAUUUCCAAAGAAAGCGAUGAAGAGGAUAAAGUUGAAACAUUGAAAAAAGAGAAGAUUGUGGAAAGAGGUAUGGUGGUACUUAAUGAGGAUGAUAGCGAAUUGUGUGUGCGUGGAAAAAUAGUUUCAUCCCUAAAAUCGGAAUACGGUUUACUAGGACCAAAUGACUUCGACUUUGCUAAAGUAGCCCAAAAGAAAAUAUCAGUGUUAAGACUAGCUGAGGGAACCGAGUACAAUUACAGUGUCGUAAAGAAACUAGCCGGACAAGGGCUUCUCUACAUUCGCAUGAAGAAAGCAUACAACUUUGUUUUAAACGAAUCAGACUCAGGGCAAGAUCAGUCUGAUUGGCUUGAUGAAGAUUUACUUGAGUCUCACAGGCCAGCUCAAAGACCCAGCAGUACCACUACAUGUCAUAAUCAGACAGGGGAGUUCACUGGUACAAGUACAAGUACAAAUACCAGUACCCAACAAACGGAAGAGUCGACAAUUACCACUGAUCCUCAAAGAGAUAAGUCCCUGACAUUCCAAACAGAGAAGAAGAACAGUGAGUUCUUUUACAAGAUUAUCAGUGAAUUUCCAUCAGCAAGCAUAACAGAGCCAACUGAAAUGUUAAGAUACUUGCAGAGCAAAAUUGUACAUGGCCGACGCUUGGAUGUCAGAGCACGUAGGAGACACUAA